UUCCAAGCCCCCAGCUCGCCCUGCCUGCUGAGGCCCCGCCCACCUUGCGCCCGCUGGGGGCGGGGUCUGUGGCGUUUUGCUCCCGUCACUUCCAGUGGACCCGGAAGCGCUGCUGUGAACCGCCAGAGUUAGGAAAUCGUGACGGAACCGAGCAUAGAGUAAACCCUGGGCUGAUGCUGGGCCGAGAGGGGCGGGCCCAGGUUGCGGUGGCCAGCGGAGCGCUUAGGGCGGAGCAGCCUCUGGGCCAGUACUGGAGAGCCGUGGCUGAGUGCUCCUGCUGGGCCACCGUCACCCCGCCUUUUGCUUGGCCAGCGUGUCCCCUCAUCCCGCCCGGACAGCUGGCUGGACCAGUGUGCUGCCUGUGGCCAGACGAUCCAAUCUGCUUCACUUCUGGCUGCUUUUGUGGCUCUGUCCGGGGCUGCCGCGGCGCUGACGUGGAGCAGCGCACUCCAGAAACCCCAUGGAGAAGUUUGGAAUGAAUUUUGGGGGUGGCCCAAGCAAGAAGGACCUCCUGGAGACCAUAGAAACACAGAAAAAGCAGCUUCUCCAGUACCAGGCAAGGCUCAAGGACGUGGUCCGUGCCUAUAAAAGCCUGCUGAAGGAGAAGGAGGCCCUGGAGGCCAGCAUCAAGGUGCUGUCGGUAUCCCACGAGGCGGAUGUGAGCCUCGCAGGUGUGCAGCCGUCAGGCCUCACGUUUCCUGACUCCGUGGAUGACCGGUGCUCCACUCACAGUGAGGAUAGUACUGGAACUGCCACUAGCUUGGACACUGCAGCCAGUCUCACGAGUAUCAAGGGUGAGUUUGGGGUCGAAGAAGACAGAGUGGCCCGUGGGCCCCUUCCUCCAAAGUCCGAAGAAGCCAGCGGGUCGGAGAGUGGCGUGAGUAGCAGCAGUGGGGAUGGGCCGUCUGCGGGUAGUGAGAUGGACAAGAGGCUGCACCAGCUGAAGACUCAGCUGGCUACCUUGACCAGCUCCCUGGCCACAGUCACCCAGGAGAAGUCCCGUAUGGAGGCCUCUUACCUCGCCGAUAAGAAGAAGAUGAAACAGGACUUAGAGGAUGCCAAUAAGAAGGCGGAGGAGGAGAGGGGCCGUCUGGAGGCUGAACUGAAGGGUCUGCAGGAGCAGGUCGCAGAAACCAAAGCCCGGCUCAUUACGCAGCAGCACGACCGUGCCCAGGAACAGGGUGACCACGCCGUGAUGCUGCGGGAGCUACAGAAGCUGUUGCAGGAGGAGAGGACCCAGCGCCAGGAGCUGGAACUUCGCUUAGAAGAGACCAGAGAGGCCUUGGCAGGGCGGGCUUACGCAGUGGAGCAGAUAGAAGGGUUUGAACUGCAGACCAAGCAGCUUACCCGAGAGGUAGAGGAGCUGCGAGGUGAGCUGCAGGCCGUUCGAGAUGAGAAGAAUCGACCAGAUCCCCGGCUGCAAGAACUUCAGCAAGAGGCCGUCCGUCUUAAAAGCCAUUUCCAGGCCCAACUUCAGCAAGAAAUGAGGAAGACAGCCCUUGUAGAGGACCAGCUUCGGCAGCAGGCUCAGGUGGAAGAGCAGAGGGUGGCAGCCCUGGAGAAUCAAAUCUCCGAGGUGUCUGAGCUGCUGGGCACCUAUGAGAAGGCCAAACAGAAAGACCAGCUGGCCAUCCAGAAGCUCAAAGAUCGAAUUUUGCAGCUGGACCUGGAAAACAAGACGCUGGCCCUCGCAGCCUCUAGCCGCUCCUCCCUCGACGUCCACGGAGACGAGUCCAGUCUGGACGUCAAUGUCUUGAAGGACAAGAUGGAGAAGCUCAAGAGGCUCCUGCAGGUCGCAGCUAGGAAGAGUCAGGUGACCCUGGAUGUGGAGAAGCUCUGUGACCCCGAGAUACUGUCCAACUCCGAGGCCGCCGACGGGGAGAAGGCCACUGCGCUCUACUACCAACAGGAGCUAAAGCAACUGAAGGAGGAGUUCGAGCGUUAUAAGAUGAGGGCCCAGGUGGUGCUCAAGAGCAAGAACACCAAGGACGGGACGCUGGUGAAGGAGCUGGAGGCAGCGCAGGAGCAGCUGGCCGAGCUGAAGGAGAAGUACAUCUCGCUGAGGCUGUCCUGCGAGGAGCUGCAGUGCCAGCACCAGCAGGAGGCCGAGGGCUGGCAGCAGGAGCUGGCCCGGCUGCAGCAGCAGCACCGGCAGGAGCUGGAGCGCUGCCAGCUGGACUUCCGGGACCGCACGCUGAAGCUGGAGGAGGAGCUGCACAAGCAGCGGGACCGGGCCCUGGCCGUGCUGGCCGAGAAGGACUUGGAGCUGGAGCAACUGCGCUCUGUGGCCUUGUCCUCCGGCUUGCCGGGACGCAGAAGCCCCGUGGGCGGGGUGGCUGCCGGAGGUCCGGGGGACCCAGCUGACGCGUCCUCCGCAGAUAGCUUGACCCAAGCCUUGCAGCUCGCGGCGGCCAACGAGCCCACUUUCUUCCUGUAUGCCGAGCAGCUGGCCCGGAAGGAGGUGGAGAUCACAUCACUGAGGAAGCAGAAGCGCAGGCUGGAAGUGGAGGCCCAUCAGCUGCGGGAGAGGCUGCUGGAGGAGGAGGAGCGGCACCGAGAGGAGGUUGGAGCCCUUCAGAGCCACAUCGAGAAGAACGCCAGGGACCAGAGCAGGGAAGGAGCCAACCUGGAGUACCUGAAAAACAUCAUCUACCGCUUCCUGACCUUGCCGGACAGCCUGGGCCGCCAGCAGACGCUGACGGCCAUCCUCACCAUCCUACACUUCAGUCCCGACGAGAAACAAGAGAUACUGCGGCUCCCAAGCGGUGGGGGCUGGUGGCCUUCUGGCAAGAGAUGAUAGAUGCCUUUCUCCAA